AAAUUCCUGCUACCCUACUUAUCAAACUUUUCAUUUUGGAGAACUUUUACACUGAUGCAUUCAGAGGCUACUUUUGUAAAGGAGAGGAGCAUUCCUUCCAGCGCUGAUAAGCGUGUGGUAAUAGUCAUAUAUAAAACAUGUGCUCAGACUUGGCUUUGAUAUCUGGCCCGUUGCAAACCGCUCUCGGGUUCAGUUUUUAGCUUUGCUCAAAAUGAAUGUCAAACACCAGCACUGCUUCUCAGUGCAUCCCCAAGAGACAACAUCACAGUGCUCAGAGUGUGACCAAAACCCAGCCGCAAGCUGUCUGCAAGAGUCUCAUUGAUCCACUAAUCCAUAUUUUGUUCACUCAGUCAUGGAGAUGCUGAAAGAAAAAGAAGAAGCUGUUCCUGAAGUCGAAGAACCCCCGGUUUCAACAGCUGAAGAGCCUGCAGAAGAUGCCGAGUCUCCAGCUGUGGAUGAAGAUACGACAGAUGAAUCCAAACCUAAACCAAAGCUGUUUGCACCACCGCUGACUGUGCCAAAGAUACCUGAGGGAGAAAAAGUCGACUUUGAUGAUAUCCACAGGAAGCGUCAGGAGAAGGAUCUGACUGAGCUGCAAUCUCUGAUCGAGGCCCACUUCAUUCAGAGAAAGAAGGACGAGGAGGAGCUCAUCUCUCUCGUUAACAGGAUUGAGAAGCGUCGUGCUGAGAGAGCUGAGCAACAGAGGAUCAGAGCCGAGCAUGAGAAGGAGAGGCAGAAUCGUCUUGCUGAAGAAAAGGAGAGGAAGGAACAGGAAGAGGCCCGCAAGAAGCAGGACGAGGACGCCAAGAAGAAGAAGGCUCUCACAAACAUGACUCAGCAGUACUCUGGCUUCCAGCAGAGGCAAGACGGAAAGCGGGGAGCGAAGAAGCAGACGGAGAGAGAGAAGAAACGAAAGAUCCUGGCGGAGAGGAAGAAACCUCUCAACAUCGAGCAUCUCAACGAGGACAAACUGAAGGAGAAGGCCAAUGAGCUCUUUCAGUGGCUGUGGAUGUUGGAGGCUGAGAAGUUUGACUUCACCAAGACACUGAUGAGACAGAAAUAUGAUAUCACUCUGCUCCAGGUUCGUGUUCAGAACAACCAGAGCGCCAAAGGGAGAGGAAAGGCCAAGGGCAGAGUGAGAUAGACGGAAACGUCGACAUAUAUUCUCCGUGGAGCCAUCUCACCACAAGUGCCCGUGUUGGAAUUUGUUCUCAAGCUGCACUUCAGUAAUCACAGUUUUGUGCCUUUUAGCCGUUAGCCUUUACAAACAAUAAACAGACUUGUGCUUUUA